AUGAUCACUCCACCUAAGCAGAGCUUUUUCCUUUCAGCUGGCUCCGCUUGUCUUGCAGUACUGCAGCCAAGGCCGUGGCAGUGCAGUGUCAUUGGUAUUCCCCACCAAGGUGAUAUCGCAAAACCCAGAUACUUCGAGCUGACGGUUCGCGACGAGGCUGUCCCGGGGAUGGCUGGGAGUGAUUACUAUGGAGUAUCCGCUUGGCAUUUCCCGCCCGAAUUCACGGUACAGAUCACUCGCGAACAAAUUGAUGGAGACAAUGGAGAUCGCUCGAAUGCGAUCGUGGCUGCCAAGGCUCCACCGAAGCCGUGUCUUCCUUCAUCUUGGAUUACUCCUCCAGAUGAUUGGUUAAAUUGA